AUGUGUCAUAUGACGUCCGUCGUUGCAAAUACAAAUGAUAGGGAGGGUGCAGCUUCUGACAAUGAGGAUUGUAACCCGUGUCCUAUACUUCACCAGUCACGAUCCUUGCAAGCUGCUGCUAAUGCUUAUCAAGGGUUGAGAGACGAACAAUACCUUCUAAAUCGAAUCCGUAAAAACAUGAACGUGGAACAAGAUGAAGUUCUUGAUGCUGCUUCUGCUCCUCAACAACUCGAAGACGGUGUCCAAUUGACUAUUGAUGAGCUAGUCGAGAUCAACCUCGGAACUGAGGAUGACCCACGUCCCACUUUUGUGAGCGUGACACUCACAAUGGAGGAACGCGAAAGUUAUCGAAUUUUCUUAACAGAGUUCCGUGACUGUUUUGCAUGGAGCUAUAAGGAGAUGCCUGGGCUUGACCCUCACGUCGCCACUCAUAAGCUGGCCAUCGAUCCUCGGUUUCGGCCGGUCAAGCAGCAACCUCGUCGAGUUUGUCCUAAGCUACAAAAUGACAUAGUUGCUGAAGUUGAUAAAUUAAUUGCUGCGGGCUUUAUAAAGGAGGCGCAAUAUCCUCGUUGGUUAUCAAGCAUUGUUCCUGUUAAGAAAAAGGAUGGUCAGCUUCGGAUUUGCGUCGAUUAUCGCGAUCUGAACCGUGCUUGUCCUAAGGAUGAUUUUCCAAUUCCCAUCACAGAGAUGGUAGUACAUGCUACCACCGGCUAUGGCGCCUUGUCCUUCAUGGAUGGUUUUUCAGGUUAUAACCAAAUUAAGAUGGACCCACAAGAUGCAUUCGAUACAGCUUUUCGAACGCCCAAAGGGAAUUUUUACUACACUGUCAUGAAAUUUGGCUUCAAAAAUGCGGGCGCGACUUAUCAACGUGCUAUGACUGUGGUCCUUGAUGGCCUCAUCCAUGAGACGGUUGAAUGUUACAUUGAUGAUCUGGUCGUGAAAACAAAGGAUCGCCAAAAGCAUCAGGAUGAUCUACGUAUUGUCUUUAAUAGGCUACGGAAGUAUCAACUAAAGAUGAACCCGCUUAAAUGUGCCUUUGCGGUACAAUCAGGUGUGUUCUUGGGCUUUAUUGUUCGUCAUCGAGGCAUUGAAAUUGAGCCAAAGAAAAUUAAAGCUAUUUUUGAUUUGCCGCCUCCCCAAAAUUUGAGUGACCUUAAAUCUUUACAGGGUCACCUAGCAUAUAUUCGACGCUUCAUAUCUAAUCUCUCAGGACGCACUCAGCCGUUCUCGAGACUAAUGAGAAAGGGUGUGCCAUUCCAUUGGGACGAGCAGUGCCAAAAUGCGCUCGACAGCCUUAAAAGGUAUUUCCUUAACCCUCCUGUCCUGGCGGCGCCUGUGAGAGGACGCCCACUAAUUCUUUAUAUUGCUACGCAGCCCUCUUCGGUGGGCGCGCUGCUCGAACAGCAUAAUGAUGAAGGAAAGGAGGUAGCAUGUUACUAUUUGAGCCGCACCAUGGUAGGUGCCGAACAUAACUACUCACCUAUUGAGAAGUUGUGCUUGGCCCUCGUCUUCGCACUAAAGAAGUUGCGACACUACAUGUUGGCGCACCAAAUUCAGCUCAUAGCAAGAGCAGACCCCAUAAGGUACGUGCUAAGCCAACCGGCCCUGAUGGGACGUCUUGGUAAAUGGGCUGUAUUUAUGAUGGAAUUUGACAUUACUUAUGUCCCACAAAAAGCAGUUAAAGGGCAAGCUUUGGCUGAUUUUCUUGCAACCCACCCUGUGCCGGACGAUUCGCCACUAGUGAUUGAUUUACCUGAUGAAGAGGUAUUUUCCAUCGGUAUUGAAUCACCGUGGGAAUUAUAUAUUGAUGGUGCAUCCCGUACCGAAACAAAUCCUGACGGCACGCUUAGCAAAAGAGCCGGGGCCGGACUCGUAUUCAAGACGCCGCAAGGCGAGACCAUCUACCACUCAUUCUCCCUCCUUAAGGAAGAGUGCUCAAAUAAUGAAGCUGAAUAUGAGGCCCUGAUCUUCGGCCUUUUACUUGCACUUUCUAUGGAUAUUCGGAAUUUGCAAGCAUACGGUGACUCUCAGCUCGUCGUUCGCCAAAUCAAUGAUAUUUAUGAGGUACGCAAACCUGAGCUGGUGCCAUACUAUGUGGCGGCACGUAAGCUCAUGGAGAAAUUUCAGAAUAUUCAAGUUUCACAUAUUCCACGAGGCAAAAAUGCCUCAGCUGACGCAUUGGCUAAACUUGCAGCAGCGCUAGUGCUCCCAGGUGGCGAGCCCGCUGAAAUAAAAAUAGAAGAGAGAUGGCUACUCCCCGCUGUCCUAGAACUUGUUCCUGAAGAAUAUGAAGUCAAUCAAGUGACGACGAUGAUUGUUGAGCAAGAUGAUUGGCGUAAGCCAUUCAUUGAUUAUUUUAAUCAUGGCACGUGGCCAGAUGAUUCGGUGGAAAGGCGCCGCCUACAACAACGCCUACCAUCAUAUAUCUAUAAGGCCGGGAUCUUGUACCGACGAUCAUUCGGUCAAGAAAUACUCCUGCGGUGUGUCUCAAGAAAAGAAGCUGAUCAAAUAUUACAAGAGAUGCAUCAUAGAGUAUGCGGUGGCCAUCAAGGGGGUGCCAAGAUAUAUCAUAGGAUCAGGUUGGCUGGGUACUACUGGCCAAAAAUCAUGGCUGAUUGCCUUAGAACUGCAAAGGCUUGUCAUAACUGUCAAAUUCAUGGCGACUUCAAGCAUCAACCACCGGUUCCGCUUCACCCUACCGUUCCCUCAUGGCCAUUCAACGCGUGGGGAAUUGAUGUUAUUGGCUCCAUUGAGCCUCCCUCAUCCAAAGGGCAUCACUACAUUCUUGCUGCAACUGACUACUUUUCCAAGUGGGCUGAGGCCAUACCUUUACGAGAAGUAAGGACGGACAACGUCAUCAACUUCCUAGAACGACAUAUCAUAUAUCGUUUUGGGGUUCCACGAAGUAUUACAUCCGACAAUGCUAAGGCAUUCACAUCCACUAAGAUGCAAAGAUUCAUUGCGAAGUAUAAUAUUACAUGGAAUUAUUCCACGGGAUAUUAUCCUCAAGCUAAUGGGCUUGCUGAGGCGUUCAAUAAGACCCUUGGGAAAAUACUUAAAAAGACUGUGACGAAGUAUAAAAGAGACUGGCAUGAUCGUCUCUUUGAAGCCUUAUGGGCAUACCGAGUUACUAUUCGUACUCCAACACAAGCAACGCCGUACUCCCUCGUUUAUGGAAGUGAGGCAGUCUUACCACUUGAAGUGCAGCUCCCAUCAUUACGGGUGGCUGUCCAAGAUGAACUUACAAAUGAUGAGCAAAUUCGGCUUCGCUAUCAGGAGCUGGAUGCUUUGGAGGAGGGUCGUCUCAACGCACUCCAAAAUUUAGAGCUAUAUCGCCAGAACAUGGUGAGGGCCUAUGAUAAAUUGGUGAAGCAGCGAGUUUUCCGCAAAGGUGAACUUGUUCUUGUUCUUCGACGCCCUAUUGUCGUUACACACAGGACGAAAGGGAAAUUCGAGCCGAAGUGGGAAGGGCCAUUUGUCAUUGAGCAGGUUUAUGAUGGUGGUGCAUAUCAGCUGAUAGAUGACCAGGGACUCCGUCCUAUGCCGCCUAUCAAUGGCAGAUAUUUAAAAAAAUAUUUCGCGUGA